AGUUGGUGGGCCACGCCUUCCCUGGGUGCAUAUAAAGGAUCUCAGGUUUGAGAGAGCCACAGCAUCCUCUCUCAGCCUCUCUGAGCACCUUUCUCUUCUCUCUGCCGACUCCUCAGUCACUCACCUCCCUCCUCAGCACCAUGACCACCUGCAGCCGCCAGUUCACUUCCUCCAGCUCCAUGAAGGGCUCCUGUGGCAUUGGUGGUGGCUCCAGCCGCAUCUCCUCUGUCCUAGCCGGAGGAUCCUGCCGGGCCCCCAGCACCUAUGGGGGCCUGUCGGUCACCUCCUCUCGCUUCUCCUCUGGGGGUGCCUGUGGAAUGGGGGGCGGCUAUGGUGGUGGCUUCAGCAGCAGCAGCAGCUUUGGAGGGGCCCUAGGAGGUGGUUUUGGUGGAGGAUAUGGUGGUGGCUUUGGUGGUGGCUUCAGUGGUGGCUUUGGUGCUGGUUUUGGUGUUGGUGAUGGUGGCCUCCUUUCUGGCAAUGAGAAGGUGACCAUGCAGAACCUCAAUGACCGCCUGGCCUCCUAUCUGGACAAGGUGCGUGCCCUGGAGGAGGCCAACACCGACCUGGAGGUGAAGAUCCGAGACUGGUACCAGAGGCAGCGGCCCAAUGAGCUCAAAGACUACAGUCCCUACUUCAGGACCAUUGAGGAGCUGAAGAGCAAGAUCAUUGCAGCCACUAUUGAGAACGCUCGGCCCAUUCUGCAAAUUGACAAUGCCAGGCUGGCAGCUGAUGACUUCAGGACCAAGUACGAGCAUGAGCUGGCUCUGCGCCAGACCGUGGAGGCCGAUGUCAACGGUCUACGAAGGGUGCUGGAUGAGCUGACCUUGGCCAGAGCUGACCUGGAGAUGCAGAUUGAAAGCCUCAAGGAGGAGCUGGCCUACCUGAAGAAGAACCACGAGGAGGAGAUGCUUGCCCUGAGGGGUCAGACUGGUGGGGAUGUCAGUGUGGAGAUGGACGCCGCCCCUGGUGUGGACCUGAGCCGAAUCUUGAAUGAGAUGCGUGACCAAUAUGAACAGAUGGCAGAGAAGAACCGCAGAGAUGCUGAGGCCUGGUUCAUAAGCAAGACCGAGGAACUGAACAAAGAAGUGGCUUCUAACAGUGAACUGAUACAGAGUGGCCGCAGCGAAGUGACUGAGCUCCGCAGAGUGUUCCAAGGCCUGGAAAUUGAGCUGCAGUCCCAGCUCAGCAUGAAAGCAUCCCUGGAGAACAGCCUGGAGGAGACCAAAGGCCGCUACUGCAUGCAGCUGUCCCAGAUCCAGGGGCUGAUUGGCAGUGUGGAGGAGCAGCUGGCACAGCUGCGCUGUGAGAUGGAGCAGCAGAGCCAGGAGUACAAGAUCCUGCUGGAUGUGAAGACCCGGCUGGAGCAGGAGAUCGCCACCUACCGCCGCCUGCUGGAGGGCGAGGACGCCCACAUCUCCUCCUCUCAGCACUCCUCUGGCCAAUCCUAUUCUUCCCGCGAAGUCUUCUCUUCGUCCUCUUCCUCAUCCUCUCGCCAGCCUCGUCCCAUCCUCAAGGAGCAGGGCUCAUCCAGCUUCAGCCAAAGCCAGAGUCAGAUCUAGGGCUCCAGGAACUGAUCCGCCUCCUCCAGAGCGUCCUGCCCCUGCUGGCCUCACUUUCUGGAGGCCUGGGCCAGCACACUGAUCUCCCAGCGCGGCCCCAGCUAUCUUCCCUCCCCUCUGCUGGUGGUGGGCUAAUAAAGCUGACUUUCUGUUUGAUGCAAA